AUGAACAUGCCAACCGACACUGCAGUGUCCGACGCGAUGGACAUGGCUCGCGAUGCUGCUUCUUGCGUCCUUACUGGUAGUCACGGGAGCCCGCUCUGCAGCUGCUGGGGCUCUUCCAUGCACUUCUCCUUAGUCGCCUACCGUCAACUCCUCCCUCUCCUUGCCCAAGACUCGACCAUUGCCCUUGCAAAACUUCGAACCGAACUCGAGGUUCUUCCCCAAAACAAUCUCGCGACCCUCCGAUUCAAGAUGAGCCAAGGCCCAAUCCACAGCUACGUUCAAGAUCACAUCGGUAACAUCGUGUACAACGAGGCACAUCCGAUUUUCAACGCCGCCCUGCCUGAUUACAAGCUCUCCUCCCUCGGCCAGCGCGCUGUCAAAACCCUCUACCCCGACGGCUCCUGGUCUGCCGCGACGCCUGAGGAGCCGCGACCUGUCGUCCCGCACACCAUCUUUGAGAUCUCUCACGCGAACCCGAAAACUAAGCAGGCGCUUGAAGAGAGACUGCAGAGCUUCAUCAUGAUGCCUGGCGGCGAGGUCCGAUUGGCCAUUGGACUCAAGAUACCAUACCACAACAUCCGGACUGACGACGAGGCGGACCGAUCCCACGAAAUGGCGGCUGCGGUUCUGAAAGAUAUUAACGACUGCGUUAUUGCCGCCUAG